CAACCAGCAUAAUAUUAUAAAAAUAAAAAAUAAAAGAGCUUCACUCUCCCAAUCUCCCUGCAUAUUCUCUUUAUUUUUCUUUUCCUGCUUUACUAUUUAUAUUAAUUUCUGUAGGCAAUACUAAAUUUUUUCUUCCAUUUCAUGCAAGCUGAUCCAGCAAUCUAUUUCCUCUGUUUUUCUUUUCACUUUUUCCAUGAUCUAGUGUAGAUUCAGAACAAUGACGAGGGUAAGUCGGAAUUUUAGCGAUACUGUGGAGAAGGAAGCACUUCCAGCUGUAUCAGCUGAUGUAAUAUUUGCUUCAAGUCGUUUUCCCAAUUACAAAAUUGGGGCAAAUAAUCAUAUUGUGAAUGUCAAAGGAGAUCCUAAAGUUUUGUCAAUGAAGGAGAUUGUUGCACGUGAGACUGCAUUGUUGUUGGAGCAGCAGAAUCGCCUCUCUGUUCGUGACCUUGCUAAUAAAUUUGAGAAGGGGUUAGCUGCUGCUGCUAAGUUGUCUGAAGAGGCUAGACUCAGAGAGGCAGCAUCACUGGAGAAACAUGUCCUUUUGAAGAAGCUUAGAGAUGCGCUCGAAUCUUUAAAAGGACGCGUGGCUGGAAGAAACAAGGAUGAUGUAGAGGAAGCUAUUGCCAUGGUCGAAGCUCUGGCAGUUCAACUUACUCAAAGAGAAGGAGAGUUGAUUCAAGAAAAGACAGAAGUGAAGAAACUAGCAACUUUCCUGAAGCAGGCUUCGGAAGAUGCUAAAAAACUUGUCGAUGAGGAAAGAGCUUUUGCUCGUGCUGAAAUUGAGAAUGCUAGAGCAGCAGUUCAGAGAGUGGAAGAGGCCCUUCAGGAGAAAGAACAAAUGUCUCGAGCUUCAGGCAAACAGGACCUGGAAGAACUAAUGAAGGAGGUUCAAGAGGCUAGACGGAUCAAAAUGCUGCACCAACCAAGCAAGGUAAUGGAUAUGGAACAUGAGCUUCGUGCAUUAAGGGUUCAACUUGCAGAGAAGUCUAAGCAUUCUCUACUGCUUCAGAAAGAGCUAGCAAGAAGCAAGAGAGUCAAGGAAAAUUUAUCUCACUUGUAUGAACUGGAUGGUGCUGAAGUUUUAGGUUCAUAUUUGCGGAUUAAACCUUGUUCUGAUAUUGCUCCAGAACUUUCCAAAUGUGCAAUUCAGUGGUAUCGUAUCUCAUCUGAAGGUGGCAAAAAGGAGCUUAUAUCAGGUGCCCAUAAAUCAGUUUAUGCUCCAGAGCCUUUUGAUGUUGGUCGAAUCCUGCAGGUUGAGAUUAUUUAUGAUGGUCAGCUAAUCAUGUUAACAACUACUGGUGCUAUUGAUCCAGGUUUACUGCGCGUGUCUGCUGGUUUGGGGAACUAUGUGGAGGCACUUGUGCGGAAACAUGAUGUUGAAUUCAAUGUAUGUUGUCCUGCUUCAAAACAAUACAAUGCAAUUUUUAUCUUUCUAGCAGUGGUUCCUUAGGAAAAUGACCUCUUGUCUGUUUAUUUGUUCUUCGUAUACCACUUGUUCUGUGAAUAAUCUCUCCUGUUGCUGCAGCUCAUUAGAGCAUUGAAGAUCUAAACGUCUGUUAUCCUUGUGAGAAUUUUAAACAAUCCCUCAAGACCUUAAAGCCUUAAACUUGUAGAGAAGUAGUGUUGAAUUUAGAGCUCCUGCCCCAAGCAGAACUUCCCGUCCAACAUCAUUCUCAGAUGCAAGUGUUGGUUGCUUGGUUACCAAUAAACCCAAACUUGCUUGUUGUUGACCCUACUACUCAAUGACCUUUUAGUCUCUACAAUUCUCCUAGCUCCUGUUAUAUCAGCAUCUCUCUGCAUCUGUUUUGGGAAAAUGACAUGCUGAAAAGGUUUUAAAGCUUUUCACAUAAUUAAUUGACUUAUUUUCAUCUCAUCAGUUUUUCACCGGUUUGGGGUGCAGUUGCAUACAUGCAAAUAUUUACUUGUAUUAGCUGAAAAUUAGCCAUUUAUUCCAUUGUUUUUGCUUCUAAUAUUUGUUCAUUUUAUAGGUAGCUGUUCCUGGAAUGAAUGGAUAACGAAUAUGUUUAUUAUAUCUUUUAUAUAGAUAUUAACCACUUAUUCCUUUAUAUUGGCUUCUAAUAUAUCAUUAUAUUUUUAUAUUUUAUAGGUAGUUGUUACCCAAAUGAAUGGUGUAGAUCAACCAUCAGAAUCUAUUCAUGUAC